CCUUCUGUUGCUUCUGUCACGGAGACGCGUUUACCGAAAAUAGUUCUAAUACAGAGACAUUAUUAAGCAGAAGGAUGCAAACCUGACUAUUCGGAAUCAAACAGCAUCAUACAGCAAUCACAGUCGUCUUUGAAGAAGUUUUCCACGCUUGAAACACUAAAAUAGCUAGAAAAGAAAAAGGCGCCCGCUACAGCGCCGCGACCGGCCAAGCCGGCGCCGAACCGCUUCACUCAACCGGAAACGGGUCCGAACAUAUAAGAUAGUUCUCCCAUAUGAACUUAGUCAGUGAAAUAAGUAGGUCAAACAAUGCAAAGCUGAGUAAUAUAUUAAGAUAGAACGUGAUUUUCUUAUCGAUUGAUAAUGUAAUAUUUUUUUUUCUAAGCAUUUAUCUGAAAUCCCGGGUUCCGGUUAGGCUUGGCGGAGGAAUACAGGGUCCUGAAGAGCGGCCGGUUUUUCCUUUCGUGUCGCACUAAUUGCAUGCGAACAUGUCCUAUUCCCACGACGAAAGAAAUGGGCCGACUGACUGGGAGUCUGCUGACGGGAAACGUGCAGAGCAGCAGGAGUAUGACGGCCCCGCUGGAAUGGAGCCGGACGGCAUCAUUGAGAGCAACUGGGAAGAGAUCAUCGACAACUUCGAUGACAUGAGCCUCCGAGAAGAGCUCCUCCGAGGCAUCUACGCCUAUGGUUUCGAGAAGCCGUCUGCCAUCCAGCAGAGGGCCAUCAUCCCAUGUAUCAAGGGCAUGGACGUGAUUGCCCAGGCCCAGUCGGGCACGGGUAAGACGGCGACGUUCUCCAUCGCCAUCCUGCAGCAGAUCGACAUGGCCCUGAAGGAGUGCCAGGCCCUGAUCCUGGCCCCAACCAGGGAGCUUGCCCAGCAGAUCCAGAAGGUGGUGAUUGCCCUGGGGGACUACAUGAAUGCCCAGUGCCACGCCUGCAUCGGGGGCACCAACGUGCGCGAGGACAUCCGCAAGCUCGAGAAGGGCGUCCACACGGUGGUGGGCACGCCGGGCCGGGUCUUCGACAUGAUCAGCCGCAAGGCCCUCCGAACAAACAACAUCCGCAUCUUUGUGCUGGAUGAGGCCGACGAGAUGUUGUCCAGAGGAUUCAAAGACCAGAUCUACGAUGUCUUCAGGACACUAAACUCCAACAUCCAGGUGAUCCUGUUGUCGGCCACGAUGCCCUCCGACGUGCUGGACGUGACCAAGUGCUUCAUGCGCAACCCCAUCCGUAUCCUGGUCAAGAAGGAGGAGCUCACCCUCGAGGGUAUCAAGCAGUUUUACGUGGCCGUCGACCGAGAGGAGUGGAAGCUGGACACGCUGUGCGACCUGUACGAGACGCUGACCAUCACCCAGGCAGUGAUCUUCUGCAACACGAGGCGGAAAGUGGACUGGCUCACCGAGAAGAUGCACGAGCGGGACUUCACCGUUUCUGCCCUGCACGGCGACAUGGGCCAGAAGGAGCGUGAUGUGAUCAUGCGCGAGUUCCGGUCGGGCUCAAGUCGUGUGCUGAUCACGACCGACCUGCUGGCACGAGGCAUUGACGUCCAGCAAGUGUCCCUGGUCAUCAACUUUGACCUGCCCACCAACAGGGAGAACUACAUCCACAGAAUCGGCAGAGGAGGCCGUUUCGGUCGUAAGGGGGUGGCCAUCAACUUUGUGACGGAAGAGGACAAGCGCACCCUGAAGGACAUUGAGGGCUUCUACAACACCGAGAUCGAGGAGAUGCCCAUGAACGUGGCAGACCUGAUCUAAGGGGAGAGAGCGCCCCGAGCACCAGCGUGCCCGGGGGGAGAGAGGGAGUCUGGGCUGGAGGGGGGAGGGGUCCGUGAUGCUGUCAACCGUCACGCUCCCUGUGCCGCCGAGAGUUUGGACCAGGGGGACAACUGUGAACGGGACAUUGGACACGUGCGGAGUGAGAACUGCCCGUGCGUCUGGUUCGCGCAGUCUGUGACUGUGGAAGGGGCGGCCGGGGCGAACGGAAGAUUUGCGGGAGCGUCGAGCGGCGGCGGGGACCGACGCGGAAGACUCGUCCGUCCGGCGCGGCAAGCAAAAUUGGACGGUGUCCUUCUCUUCGGAAUUGGGGUGCCGAGUCGCCUUCCACCGGUCGGGCGUGGGCAGGCGUCCUUCCGCUUCCCUCUGCGUCCCGCACUUGUCCUGUCUGCCCUGGCCCAAGGGGCGAGUUUACGAGCCAGACGUCGGGGGCGCAGGUUGAAAGUGCAAUGACGGAACGGACUGUUCCAAUUGGCCAAACCAAAAGUUCUAGAACAAUUGGUGUUUAACCAUAUAAUUAGAAAGUGAGUU